AUUUCCACCAACACUUCACGCCGCGUUUAACGAUAUUGUUAUGUGGAAAGGAAAGGCGUGAUCUGAUGGAGAGCCCCCACGAACACCAGCAGAGCUUGCUGCUCUCCCGCAUCAUCACAAACGUGGUAAGGAGAGGCAGGCUCCCCCAUUGCAUUCGGACGUAUCACUGAUUAAGCGUAUAGGACAAACUCAACGAAGCCGUCAUGGUCUUGAACAAGACUCUGCAGGAAAUCAACGUGAACAACAUGAACAUCGAGCUGGUGGCGCAAAUGUUCAAGAACUACCAGUCGAACGUCUUGUUUCAUCUUGAAGGUAGGUCAUCACCAGGCGGGAGGAUGUGGAAUCUGGGACUGACGAGUGCAUUAGCAACCGACAGCCUCAAAGAACCUUCAUAGCCGGGCAGGAAGCGGAAAUGAGGAAUGUCCAGGAUGAAGUAGAUUGAUAUGAUACCCACAGCUUCAUUCAAGACAUAUUGAGUUGCUCAUGC